AUGAUGUUUCUUUCAGGAAAAUCAUUUUUCUUUUUAUGUUUCAUAUUUUUAUUGCUUAGGGUAAUAAAAAGUGAUCACGUUCAUCUUUUAAAUGAUGAAUUUCUUGCAGUGGAGAAUCCUUUUUAUUGUAUUCGAGAGAGUUUUAUUUACUUUCGUAAUGAAGUAUAUAAAAUUUGUAUUCAUAAAGGUGAAGGUAUGGAUUCAAAAUUAAAUAUAUAUAUACAAAAAAAAAGAGAGAAUUUAUGGGAAGUUCAAACCGAAUUAUUUCAAGACAGUAGAAAAACGAAACUUCCUUCUUUUUUCAGUUAUGUGGUUGACGAAGAAAUGAUAAUUAUAUUUUGUGAAAUUACGGGUUAUGAAGUAAAAAGAAAGUUUGAUUGUACCCGCUCAGUAAGUAGUACAGGAAUAGAUUUUAAAACAGAAAAGGUAGUUUUACCUUAUGAUUUAAUGAAAAACAAAAAUAUAACAUUUUAUUCAUCAGCUCCUUUUAGUUUUACGAAUCACAAAUAUUUAUUAAUUUGUGGUAUAUAUAACAGCGCAUUAAAAUCCCCGAAACAAGGAAAUUUCAUUAAUUGUGCUGGUAGUAAUGACAAGGGCCUAAAUUGGAAAACCAAAUUUUUAUUUCAUUAUGAUAAUAUUGAGGAUUAUACCACAUAUUUUUUAUUAAAACCUAAAAUACAUGACAAUAAAUUGGGAUUUUUCUUUAAUUAUGUUAGUUCAUCGGGUGAAAGUGGUAAAUAUAUAGAGUGUGAACAUAAAUCUAAUCAGGACUUUAAUUGUAAAGAUGUUGAUUUUAUUAAGAAAGACAAAGCAUUACGUGAUGUUAUUAAAGUAAAUGAUUAUUACAUCACAAGCUAUGCCAAUAAAAAUAGUUCCGCUGUAUGUUAUUUAUAUUAUUCAAAUGAAAAUUCUCUUUUAUUAAAACCAAGAAAUACCGGAGAAGACUAUAUUGGAUGUUAUCGUGGUACUUUUAUGAAACUAGAUGGUAAUAAAAUUUUGUUUAUGUAUUCAUCUGGAAAUGGAAUUUACAAUCUUUAUACAUUUCGCCCUAACAGUUAUGCAUAA